AUGAAUAGAAUAAUUAUAAAAGAUUUACCAAAAUUUAGUACAAAAGAAGAAAUAGAGAAGGAAUUCAGCAAACACGGCACAAUUACAGACAUAUACAUGCUUAGAAAUAGCAGAAAUAAUCGAAAUACGUUCAGAAGAGUCUGUUUCGUGGGAUAUGGGACCAGUGAGGAGGCAAAAGUAGCUGUAGAAUACAGAAAUAAUUCGAUGUUUUGCAACCAUAAAAUUAGAGUGGAAUUAUGCACCAAAGAAGAGACUAAAGAGAGCAAGAAACCACUAAACCAACACAAACUAAGCAGUUCAGAAAGACAGGCCUACUACAACAGGGAAUUCUACAUAACAAAUCUCCAAGAAAUCAGUACAGCUGCAAUAGAAAGUGAGCUAAAUAAAAUUGGCAAACUUGAGCAGAUUGAAGAGUGUGAGAAAGGAAUCAGAGUCAAGUUUGAAAAGAGAGAAUGCGCAUUGGACUUCUACAAGAAUUGUAAGGUGAUUUGUGGUAGAAGAAUCAAUAUCAAGAUAUUUGAUGAUACCAGAAGUGCUAUUGAUACAAGUCACUACAGUACGCUCUUCUUUGACUUCCAAAUGGUUCUUAGCACCCUAACUAACAAAAGUAGAGAGAAUCUGCUUCAGAGCAAAAGCAACGUUGGUAUCUCAGUCUCCCUGGCUGAAACUGAUCUAGUUCAGAAAACCAAACACUUUCUUGCUGAAAAUGGAAUUGAUCUGAACAGUGCACCUGUUCGUGACAAAUCAGCCCUGAUCGUACGCAGUGCUGAUCUCCUCGGUGUCUUGGAUCAAAUCAGCUGCAAAUUCACCACAUCAGUGGCACCAAGUGGAGCAUUGGCCAUUUUGCACUUUGAAAAUGAGAAGGAGGCAGCAGCCACGCAGAAACAGCUGAAUUUGAAGAGACACAAAAAUGGAAUUGUUUACGCCGAAUACUCCUUGAAGGGAACUAGCACCAAAUCAGUGUCAGAGACGAUUUCACCAGAGAAGCCAUCUCAAACCAAACUGAUUGUGAAGAAUCUCCCAUUUCAGGCCACAAAAAGCGAAGUAUCGAAAUUAUUCGGUUGCUUCACCAAAGUGGUCGAUGUUCGCAUUCCACAGAAGGAGGAUGGAACAGCUCGUGGCUUCUGUUUCAUCACAGUCGAAUCGACUGGUGCCGUAGAUCACCUCAUUGACGUUCUUGGUGUCAGCACACACCUGUAUGGCCGUAGACUGAUUUUAGAGAGAGCCCUCAAAUGA